AUGCGUCUAUACCAGUAUCUCUUCUUCCUAUCAGCUGCCGCAACGGCAACCGCAGCCGCCCUCAAUGAGACAUGCGCUUCAAGCCGUGAAUGUUCCAGAGACUCAUACUGCGACAUGAUCACAUCUACUUGCGCCGACAAGGCCAAACUAGGUACACCUUGCAUUGCAGACUGCCAUUGCGCCGAGGGCGUAUGCUACGGAGGAAUUUGCAAAAGAUGCGCCGCGGAUGACGACUGCAACGAGUAUGGCAGAGGGUAUGAAUACUGCGACCUCUCUACAUGGACAUGCAACAUCCAAGUGCAGACUGGCGAGACAUGCACGAAUAGUAAUAUGUGUCGUUCUAAGCACUGCUACCAGGGCACUUGCAAGCAAACCAGCGAGGGGGAGUCUUGCGUGACGGCGGCCGAUUGCGAAGGCAACGAGAGAUACCUUUGCUCCCCGUCCAAAAAAUGCAUCCGGGCCAACCGUCCAAAUGGCGAGGGAUGUGAGCUCAGUGGACAGUGCCUUUCUGGCCUCUGCUCUAAUGGAAAUUGCAAGGCGCCGGAUGGCUCGUGGGGGACUACGUGUAAGAAAAACUCGGAUUGCACGUCUCCAUUGGUAUGCGAUACAGAUGUUGAGGGAGGGAAGAGCUGUAUCCACGCUGGUCAGCAGUGGGUGGAUUACAGCAAAAGCGGAUGCACAGCGCCCGGAUUCCUUUGCACAUCUGAUAAAGCUUGUUGCUCUAAGAGUUGUAAGGCAAGCCAGAUUAUUGGGCUCUGGCAGUGUGCGUGA